GCAGCAGCGUUCCUACUCGCGAGGCACUUUCUCCCUCCUAUCAGCGCCAUUGUGUGACACAAUCUCCAGCAGUGAGGACGCCUUGUUUUUUCUCCCCUUGUCGAGUGGACUCUUUAAAUACCCCCAUGUUUCUCUUCCAAACUCCGGCGGACCUGAACCCGAUUUAUGUUCAGUAAAGGUGCCAAGCGAAAACUGGAUGAGGAUGAAGAGGUGCUGGAAGGCAAAGCGCUGGAGGCAUCGGUGGCGGGAGGAGGAUUCGGCCUGGGCCACGAGGGCUUGUCUAAGGUGUCGUACACCCUUCAGAGGCAGACCAUCUUUAACAUCUCCCUCAUGAAGCUGUACAGCCAGCGGCCACUGAGCGAGCCCAGCCUGGAACGUCGCGUCCUCAUUAACAACAUGCUGCGGCGCAUCCAGGAUGAACUGAAGCAGGAAGGCUCCUUGCGGCCGUUGCUUCUGCCGCCUUCGCCGCCACCCGACGACCCGAUGGACGAGGGCUUCCGCGAGGCACCGCCCUCGUUUGGAGUUCUGUCAGCUGCGGUGACGGCCCAGGUAUCCCCGCCUUCUGCUCUGCUCAUGCCAGUGAUCAUUCCUCCGCUUUCGCCACAUCCGCUGGUGCCUCCCACCUGCCCGCCCCCGCUGGAUGCCUGCCUCACUCCGGCUUCUUUGCUGGAGGACGACGGUGCAGAUUCCUCCUUUUGCGCUUCAUCGCCACCCACGCCUCCUCUCUCGCCACCCCCGUUACAAAGUCAGACGUCCGCCACUGCCUCUUCGCCUGCCUCGUCCAGUGACGUGAGUGGCAUGGAUUUACAUCCUCCUACAGCCAUUACUAGGACAGCAGCAGCAAAUUCCAUGACAGUAACUACCUCCCUUGCUCCCACAACACUCACCCAGCCCCCCCACUUAGCGGCCUUGUCCCCUGCACCUGUAGCCCCAGCAAAAGACUGCAUGACCUCGGGCUGUAAAAGUGAAGCAGCUUGCGUCUUGCUAGCGGAAGGCUGCUGUGCCGAGCUUCGACCGACAGCAGUGCCCCCUGUUGCCUCGGUGGACAUUUACCCCUCUCAUCCCACCCCUUCCACGCCCUCUGGGUUUCUCACAGACCUGGCGCUGGACGACGUCCUGUUCGCCGACAUAGACACGUCCAUGUACGAUUUCGAUCCCUGCAUGACGGCGGGGGCGGUCGGCGUGACGGCCGGCGUCGGCCUCGCCAAAAUGUCACCGGUCGUGACGGCGGAUGACCUCCUCAAAUCUCUUGCCUGUCCGUACAGUGGCCCCACCCCCCAAGUUUCAGCCAAUCAGCCUUUCAAAAUUGAUCUGACAGAACUUGAUCACAUCAUGGAAGUGUUGGUUGGUUCAUGACAAGCAGGUGCCCCCACCUUUUAAAACAGACACUUCAAUCCAAACAGGAGACGGAAAUCAAUAUUUUCGACAGAUCUGGGAUUUCUUUGUCAUUUUGUGUUUUUCAAAUUUACAAUUGUAAUUUUCAGUCGUCAUAUUUAUUAUGACAACUGUUACUACUACUACUACUUCUUCAACACUGUGCAUGGACUGUCCUCACCUUUCCAAACACAGAAAUGAAAUUAUUGGGAAACAAAGAUACAAAUCAGUUUACAUUUCUAUACUGGUGAGGACCGCCAACAAAUUAAUUUCCUAAUAUGAACAUACGUAAUCCUAGUUCUAAUCUGUAACAUUGACCUAAAUCAUAGCCUUCAACGUGUUGCAGAUUUUUUUUUUUUUUAAUUAUUAUUAUUAUUUUUCUUUUUUUUACAUCUAAUCCGAGGCGGAUCCUUACUGGUACAAAAAUAUAUGUGAGUGUGUAUGGAUAGAAAUAUGGAGACACACACACACACAUGCAGUCAAAGAGGGGGAAAAAGAGCCAGCCUCGCAUUUUGCUUGUGUGGAUGAGUCUAAAUGUCCACAUGUGUGCACAUGUCCAGACAGUAAAGCUGGGAUGUUAGGGGAUUUGCCACAAAACUAUAGAAGGACAAGAGCGCACGCAUGCACACACACACGCGUACGCACGCAUGCACACACACACACACACACACUGAAUGUGUCUUUUAGCAGAUGAGUGCCUUCCAAAAAAUGACCACUUAUUCAAUUCUUGUUUUUUUUUGUUCUUUCCUCCAAGUUGUUCCUGCAUAAUAUUUUUUUAACUUAUUACAUUUACUGUUCAGUCAGUGAGGGAUUGCCUCCCGAUCAAAUAAUAAUAAUUUAAUUGUCUUUUAUUACAUAUGCUUUCGUGAUUAAAAUGCAAGUCAGCUCCAUAUUUGCUCGAUGAUGUAACCAUUCUUCGGUUAUAUUUCGGACACUCUUCAGAUCGGUCAUGUGAUGAUGAUCUCAGUUCAGGUCUGGCUUUACCAACUUGCUGGUGCAAACCGGUGCAGGAUUCUCUUUUAUACAGGCUUUUUUUUAUAUGGGGAGCUUUGCAACAGAAUUCUGAUCAGCUAUAUUGUAGGGUUGUUGUUUACAUUAGAAACAGUUGCGGUAUUUUGUGCUUCGGUCAGGUGGGGAAGAGCUCUACAGUCCAAACCAAAACAGAGACAUGCACAAGAACUGUAAACAAAUCAGCUAUCACAUAUUGCACACAAAGCCAUUGUGGCACUAUUGUGAUUCAAUGAUUUCCUUAAAAUUGUACGAAGACUAACACAUCAGUGUAUUUCUAGAUAUGCCUUCUUUUGUUUGUUUUUACAAGCGAUUUUGUAUCUUGAGUGACAGACAAAUUACAGCACAGCGUACAGUAUUACACAAAGUCUAUUUGCACAAACUGUUGCUUUCAGAAUAGAAGCCCAUAUUCACGAAAUCUCAGGGUUUUAUUGUGGAGCACCAUUUUGAGGUUCACCCCAAACACCCUGGACGUUUAAAAACAUAUACACAAUUCCUGGAGGGCUAUAUCUGACCAGUAAUCAUUUUCAAGGGAGGUUAGAAAGGUAAGACUCAAGACCUAGUUGGUGUGCAAUCCUGGACAUAAAGCAUUAGUUUUGUCUCACAAAAAACUUGUAUGAUUACAACUUUGCCAAUGUCAGUGUCACAUAUUGAAUACGGUAAUUGCCUGUUUAUCAUAAGUGUGUAGCAAAACACUCUAUGAAAUUUAGUAAGGCACUUAGGCUGGGUUCAUGACGGUACUUUUGUAUUUUGUCUGGUUCGCCGAGCAUUCAUAUUGGUAUAUUUAUCAUCUGAUCAAAAGUGUAUGCAUGAAGUCACAACUGCAUCGACUUUAGUUUUAUGUGACUAAACUCCAAUUUUCCAAACAAAAUGGCUACCGAGACCACCUUUUCAAGCGGGGUUCGUCUGCUUGAUUUGGCGCACAACAGGGACGGAUGACGCGUGUUCACACUUGACCAAAUGAAGGGCACAACUGGAGCAAUUGCACGAGAGUUCGUUUUAACCAGCCCAAAUUGAAAGUUUGUAUACAGCCUUAGUCAACGCUCUCUUCACCCGGGGGAAGUCCUCCCUUCACAUAAUACGAGUCAAUGAAACAUUUUUUCACACUUUAAAACAGUUCCCAGGUGUCUUAAUAAAAGGCCUCUGAUAUUCGGACACAAGAAAUUACACAAAGAAUAAAGAAUUACUGCACACACAACACUCUUUUUAUAAAAAAAAAAAAAAAAAAAAAAAAAAAAAAAAAAAAAAGAAA